CUUCCCUCUAAAUACUUCUCUCGCCCAAAAGCUGAAAUCAAAUACAACAAUAACAUUUUCAUUUAUAGACGCCUGCGCCCUAUAACCAGAGAAUGUAUAAUAACGAGAAGGUUCAAUUGGGGACCAGCGUGGAAACUGUUAUUAUACAUUCUCUGGUAUUUACAUUCUCUGAUUUGUAUGCGCUCAGAAGAGAAAGAUAAACAAAAAAAUGUGUAUAUGUGUUGGUUCUGCCGGAAAUUGUGCCCGUUCUUGCAGGGCAUGCAUUUCUGACAAAUGAUCGGAAGCAGGGGCAUUUAUUUUUUAAUUUUUUCACUGUCACUGGCAAUUUGCGGCCGUACAGGACACCACAAAAGUUAAGAAAGGAAAUGAAAAUUCACUAGAAUUAAGAUUUUUCUGAAUCUGACGCGCACGAUCCCUCAGGCUCGUUGCUGAAAUCGCCUCUGGAAAAAAGUCAUCGUUUUGAAAAAUGAAUAUAACAAAAAUGCCGCAAGAAGUUCGUAUUUUACAAUGUUCGGAAUGCAAAUUGUUUCAAGUAGAUUUGGUGAAAAAGACAAAUAAAUGGACUUGUAAAAUGUGUAAUGUUAAACAAGUUUUGCGUAAUGAGUACUUUCGGGGAACUGGCUCAGAAUGCCGUGCUAAGGUGCAAAAACUAAAUAAAGAGCAAGCUUUAGAUGGGUCGAACGCUUCAAAGAAUGCUUUAGAGAAAGUAGAUAAAUCUCAAUAUGUUGAACAAAUCUCUAACGUAAAACAUACACCAGUGUGUAAGAAAUCUUCGACAGAAGUUGAACCUAAAUGGUCUUUUUCACAACAUAUUCAGAGUCCCAUAUCAGGUAUUGAUAAAUUUGGAACAAUUUUGAGAAACACAUAUUCUGAAAAAAUGUUACAGAAUGAUACGUCCGAUAGAAUAACUAAGCAGAUUAAAGAAAAUGGUUCUCCCCAACCCGUCUUGUUUUGAAAAGUCGUAUCACUUUUGAGGAAAAAUUAAAGAAAAGGAGUUGAGUUACCUGCAUAGCAAUAAAAGAAGAAAUCAUGAUUUAGUACAUUUUAUUACUUCUACGAAAAUACCAGUGAAAAAGAACUUUAAUCGACUUCGAGUAGGUGAUGAGCUGAGGGAACUUCGCCAUACCUAUUUAUGAAGGAAAACUAGCCAAUUAGUUUUUAAAAUAAUUUAACGAGAUUUCGUAAGCAAACAUUAUAUAUUUUUUUAAUAAUUUGUUUGGGUACUUGUGUAAGGCUCUUAUUCACAUUCCGUGGCCUGAACCUUGUUCAGACUAAAUUUGGCUAUGCCUUGAUCAGUAUUUUGUACUUUGUUAAAUUUGUAGCCGCUGUGGAGUUGUGACAAGUGCCUUUGUUACUAAGAUUACUACAAAUCACAUAAAUUUUUAUAAGUAGCCGUACCUUAAAAAAUUUCCCAACAACUUUCAAUUUAAUUUAACCACAAACAUAUGAAAAAUCGAACCUUGAAAAAUAUUAAUUUAAUAUUUAUUUUCCUACUUCUGAAGAAAAAGGUUUAGUGUCAUUAUAUAAUCACAUUUUAGUUCCCUCCAUUUGAGGAGGAGUUCGGCCAAAAAUUGGUUGUACUUUGCCAAUAAGAUAAAGCUAAAUUUAGUAUAGCUAUAUAUUGUAGUAUAUUGA